CGGAGCCGCGUGCAAAGCGCGGCCUCCGGCGCGAGCAUGCGCAGUGGCCCAGCCUCCGGGCCGCGCUCGCGCCGGGGGAGGGUCAUCCGAGGCUGACGUCCGCGACGCCGGCGUCAGCGCCCCGGGAAGAGGAGGGCGAAGACUCCAUCCGCCAUGUUGGAUGCCGCAGAUUCGCCAUAACCUCGCCGGCUCUUUNUAAAAAAAUAAAAAUAAAAAGCGAAGCAUCAGCGAGGCGCCCCGCCUUGUCGCUGGGCACGGGAGAGGGCCCGGAAGAGCCCGAGGCUUUUUUUUUCUCCGCGGUGGGGGCGUUGCCAUGGAGACGCGGGCGGCAGAAAAUCCGGCCAUCUUCAUGUGUAAAUGUUGUAACCUUUUCUCACCGAGUCAGUCGGAACUCCUGUCCCACGUGUCUGAGAAGCACACAGAAGAAGGGGUUAACGUGGAUGAGAUCAUCAUUCCCCUUAGGCCUCUGAGUACACCCGAACCCACCAACCCAAGCAAAACCGGAGAUGAGCUGUCAGUCACGAAGAGGAAGCGCGGCAGGCCCAAGGGGUCCACGAAGAAGCCAAGUGCCGAGGAGGAGCCGGUGGGAAGCUUCGCCGGUCCGAGCGAGGCCUGCCCGCUGGCCCUGGAGGAGGGCGGCGGCCCGGCCCCAAGCCGCCUGGAGUGCCCCAAGUGCUCGCGGAAGUUCUCCAACACGCGCCAGCUGAGGAAGCACAUCUGCAUCAUCGUGCUGAACCUGGGGGAGGACGAGGCGGAUGCAGGUGACCCAUCUGACCUUGAACUGGAAAAGAAGUGUAAGGAAGAGGGUAGAGAAAAGGCCCCCAGGAGGCCGCGGGCACAGAGAACAGAGAGAGCCCAGACCUCCUCCGGAAAAGAGGCCUUGCAGGUGUCCGGAGCAAAGAAACCCAUCGUCAGCGUGGUUUUGACUGCGCAUGAAGCGAUCCCAGGUGCUACCAAGAUUGUGCCAGUGGAGGCUGGCCCCCCUGAAACAGGAGCCACAAACCCCGAGGCCACCUCAGCUGACCUGGCACCUCGGAGAGGCUACCAGGAGUAUGCCAUUCAGCAGACACCAUAUGAGCAGCCCAUGAAGUCAAGCAGGCUAGGGCCCACCCAGCUCAAGAUCUUCACCUGUGAGUACUGCAACAAAGUCUUCAAGUUCAAGCACUCCCUGCAGGCCCACCUUCGGAUCCACACCAACGAGAAGCCCUAUAAGUGCUCCCACUGCAGCUACGCCAGCGCCAUCAAGGCCAACCUCAAUGUGCAUCUGCGCAAGCACACGGGCGAGAAGUUCUCCUGCGACUACUGCUCUUUCACUUGCCUGAGCAAGGGCCACCUCAAGGUGCACAUCGAGCGGGUGCACAAGAAGAUCAAGCAGCACUGCCGAUUCUGCAAGAAGAAGUACUCUGACGUCAAGAACCUCAUCAAGCACGUCCGUGAGGUGCACGACCCGCAGGACCAGCAGGUCAGGGAGGCCCUGGACGGGCUCUGCCUCCUGACCAGGGAAGGCAAGCGGCAGCUGCUCUACGACUGCCACAUCUGUGAGCGCAAAUUUAAGAACGAGUUGGACCGCGACCGCCACAUGCUGGUCCAUGGGGACCAGUGGCCCUUUGCCUGCGAGCUCUGCGGCCACGGGGCCACCAAGUACCAGGCACUGGAGCUGCAUGUACGGAAGCACCCCUUCGUGUAUGUCUGUGCCAUGUGCCUCAAGAAGUUCGUCAGCUCCAUCCGGCUGCGCUCCCACAUCCGGGAGGCGCACGGGGCUGCCCAGGAGACCUCGGUCUUCACCAACUCCAUCAACCAGAGUUUCUGCCUCCUGGAGCCCGGGGGGGACAUCCAGCAGGAAGCCUUGGGUGGCCAGCUGCAGCUGGCAGAAGAAGACUUUGUGUUCCAGGGGGUCAGUGCACCCAAGGAGGCGGCUUGCCCUGGGGAUGGGGAGUCUGAGAGGGGACGGAAGGAGCCGGAGGCCCCACUGGAGGUGCCUGCCCCGGCCGCACACUUAGCCGUCACCUCCCAGGCCGGAAGCACUGCCAUGCCCCCCUGUGAGCUGGAUGUCUCAGAGGUCUCCUCGGGCCUUCACUCGCCUGUGGUAGUUUCAGAUGAGUUGUUGAAAAAUGGUACCUGCUCUGCUGAGGCUUACGCUGCUCCUGAGAAGACCCUGAACACUGAGCCCAGAAACUCCACCCAGACUCAGGACAAAGAAGUCACCCUCCUGCUACCCAAGGCCAGAAGCCCUGCCACCAACCAGGAGGCUCAGGGUGCGGAGAGUCCCCCUGGGGAAGGGCGGAAGGCCCCUGCCCUCCCAUCUGAUGGGCUAGACCCCGGUAGGUGUCUCAGGUCAAACCCAGCUGAGGCCUCGAACCUUCCUCUGGAAGCUGGUGGAGAGGACACGGUCCUGCGCCCGCCUGACUUUUGCACACCUGUCCCCGAGCACCGGGCUAACAUGAAUGCGUUCAUGAGGAUCCUGGACAGUUUGCACAAGAGGCGGAUGGACACUGGCCUGUGUGAGAGGAUCCGGAAGGUGUACGGAGACCUGGAGUGUGAAUACUGUGGCAAACUUUUUUGGUACCAAGUGCAUUUUGACAUGCAUGUCCGCACCCACACCCGGGAACAUCUGUAUUAUUGCUCCCAGUGUCACUAUUCUUCCAUCACCAAAAACUGCCUUAAACGCCAUGUAAUUCAGAAACACAGCAACAUCUUGCUGAAGUGUCCCACUGAAGGCUGUGACUACUCGACUCCAGAUAAAUAUAAGCUGCAGGCCCACCUUAAAGUGCACACAGAGCUGGACAAAAGGAGUUACUCUUGUCCUGUGUGCGAAAAGUCUUUUUCAGAAGAUCGGUUGAUAAAGUCGCACAUCAAGACCAACCACCCCGAGGUCUCCAUGAACACCAUCUCAGAGGUGCUUGGGAGGAGGGUUCAGCUGAAGGGGCUGAUUGGAAAGAGAGCCAUGAAGUGCCCGUACUGUGAUUUCUACUUCAUGAAGAAUGGCUCCGACCUUCAGCGGCACAUUUGGGCUCACGAAGGUGUGAAACCCUUCAAAUGUUCUCUCUGUGAGUAUGCAACUCGUAGUAAGAGUAACCUCAAGGCUCAUAUGAAUCGUCACAGCACUGAGAAAACCCACCUCUGUGACAUGUGUGGCAAGAAAUUCAAAUCAAAAGGGACAUUGAAAAGUCACAAGCUCCUUCACACUGCUGACGGGAAGCAGUUCAAGUGCACCGUGUGUGACUACACGGCGGCCCAGAAGCCACAGCUGCUGCGGCACAUGGAGCAGCACGCCUCCUUCAAGCCUUUCCGCUGUGCCCACUGCCAUUACUCGUGCAACAUAUCGGGCUCCCUGAAGAGGCACUACAACAGGAAGCAUCCCAACGAGGAGUACGCCAAUGUGGGCGCUGGGGAGCUGGUGGCCGAUGCGCUCGUCCAGCAAGGUGGUCUGAAGUGCCCCGUUUGCAGCUUUGUCUACGGCACCAAGUGGGAGUUCAACAGGCACCUGAAGAACAAGCACGGCCUGAAGCUGGUGGAGAGUGAGGGAGAGCCCAAGUGGGAGCCAGCAACAGAAACCCCCGAGGAGCCCUCCACCCAGUACCUGCACAUCACAGAAGCCGAAGAAGACGUUCAGGGGACUCAGGCUGCUGUGGCCGCACUCCAGGACCUGAGAUACACCUCUGAGAGUGGUGACCGACUGGACCCCACAGCUGUAAACAUCCUCCAGCAGAUCAUUGAGCUGGGCACCGAGACCCACGAUGCCACAGCCGUGGCCUCCGUGGUCGCGAUGGCUCCAGGGACGGUGACUGUCGUGAAACAGGUCACCGAUGAGGAGCCCAGCUCCAACCACACAGUAAUGAUUCAGGAGACCCUCCAGCAGGCGUCCGUGGAGCUGGCCGAGCAGCAUCACCUGGUGGUGUCUUCUGACGAUGUGGAGGGCAUCGAGACGGUGACUGUCUACACCCAGGGUGGGGAGCCCUCGGAAUUCAUCGUCUACGUGCAGGAGGCCAUGCAGCCCAUGGAGGAGCAGGCCGAAGGGCAGCCGGCUCAGGAGCUCUAGAGGACACACCCUGUGGGACAGAGCCAGGGGGCGGGCUGCCAGGCUCUGCAGGGCACCCGGGGGACCCAGGCAGGGAGGCUGCAGACCGGUGCUCUCCAUGCUGCUCUUCUCUGUGCUCCCUGCCAAUCCACCGGCCGCCACAGGGGCUCUCCAUGUCCUCCUUUGGGUGGGCAAGGCAAUUUGCAUCACCAGCAAUAUAGGACCCCCACCCCUAGCACGAACACCCCCCCCCUUACCCUGUAUGAUCUGCUUCUGGAAAUCUCUGCAUCAAUUCUCAGACAUGGCUCACACUGCAUUGGCCCUUCAAGUUUCAGAGACCCCCCAAUGCCCACCAGCAUCUUCCCAAAUCACAUCCCCAACUCCUGACCCCACAGAGGUGCUGAGUCUUCAUUUGGGACUGCUGUGCAGCCUGGUGAGACAGAGACAGCCAUCAGAGAAAGUGACCUACAGGGGAAAGAGGAGGGGUCCAGGCUUA